UGUCAGACCUUUUGGCGAGUAAGAUUGAUCGCGCACAGGCUUCCAGGACUCUUUGUUUGGUAUAUAAGCAACAAACUGAGAGAGGCCUACCACUUCUCUUCUUUCCUCUCUCUUACUCACUAAGCCAUCAUUAUUUUUUUUUUCUUUUGAAUGAAUGAAAAUACAACAUGUACUGCUUGACGAAAAACAUCCCAAAUGUGGCUUUCACAGAUUAUUCUGGAAGGGCUGUAAAACCACUGCAACACUGCGGGGAAGAACCAUUCAAUAACACUUCCAUCUACAUAAUAACGCUGCAAAUGGUCGAUUGUGAACGUGUUUGGUGUUUGCUUCAUUGCAAUUUCAGGUAGAACUGAUACUGGAAAUACAGUGAGGUGCCUUUCUCAGCAUUGUAGAUGCUGUCCUCCCAGUUACCCCUGCUCUAGCCUUGUGGUUUUCCACUCUUAACAUGAGGAUGAAACCAUUCUAAAUAUUAGGAUUAUAAAAUAUAUUAAAAUAAGCUAAAAAAAUUAUGGCAGCUUUUGGUUAAUGAAAAAAAAAGAACAUUAGCAAUCACAAAAUGAAGAAGUGAAGUCUUUGUGUGUGUGUCCACGCAUAUGGUCGCGCAUGACCUCCUUAUAAAAUCGACAUUUCGUGGAAUUAACGAAAACAAAAAAAAAAAGAUUUAACAUCUGUAUCUAUAGAGGUAACAUUAACAGCCUAUAACGAACCUAUGCUUGUGAGCGUGCGUGCAUACAUGCGUGUGAUCUGUUUACAAGUGUCUGGACCCUAUCUGUAAACGUUAAACAACUGUUAUGGGAUGAAAUGGUCUGGACGUGUCAUAUUUGUCAGUAUAAACCUAAUGGAUGGGCUUUUUAUUGCAACACAUGUCAAUGGAUGCACUGCAUAUUUCAUUAUUAUGCAUCUUUGAAGAAUCACAUCUAUUCUGGAGUCCACACUCACUGAACAGACUGGAUUGUUGGGGUUUGCUCCUCUGUCGCAAGCCUCAAUAUCAGUUUUUUGGGGGAUAUUUGUUUUUUCACCUUUGAAGCCAGACUCUUGCCUAUAUGAAUAGCUACUGGCGUGAAAUGUGUGUGUGUUUGUCUGUGUGUGUGUGUGUGUGUGUGUGUGUGUGUGUGUGUGUGUGUGUGUGUGUGUGUGUGUGUGUGUGUGUGGUGGGGGCGUUCUCGACUGACAUCCUCAAACAAUACGAGAAAGAGGAGUGCACGAAUCCGCGCACCCUAGGCUGGGCUCCUUCCCUGUAAUAGUGAGCGUCAGCCAUUCUUAAAAAACACAUUUUGUAGCUUAGUGGACUGGACUGGAGGGGCAAGAGGAGGAUAAACUGAGCGGACAAAGAUGUAAAUAAAAACAGUCGUCCCCCAGCUGAGCAAGGCGUUCUUCACCAGAGUUUUUGGAUCAAUCAGGCAGACAGUGGCUUCUUUUGAUUAAACCCCAAAUUGUCAUUGGGCAGAGGUAAUCAUGUGACAGGCAAUUCGGUCCAAUUUCAACCUUGUCUCCAUGAAUUCAAUAGUUUAAUAGUAGCUCGGUCCCCAUACGGCCGUAAUCAGUGAAAUAGAAAAAACACCACCAGGAGAUUUUUUUAAUGAUUUUUUCUCACUCUUCCUCGCUGAGCCGCAACAUUUAUAAAAAUACGCGUGCAAACUUUCCUCGGCUCUCAGGGAGCGGAGAUGAAUUACGAAUUCGAGCGAGAGAGCGGUUUUAUCAAUAGUCAGCCGUCGCUUGCUGAGUGCCUGACAUCUUUCCCCCCUGUCGCUGAUUCAUUUCAAAGUUCAUCAAUCAAGAGCUCGACGCUUUCACGCCCGACACUGAUUCCUCCUCCCUUUGAGCAGACCAUUCCCAGCCUGAAUCCGGGCAGCCAUCCGCGGCACGGCCGGCCCAGGCACAGCCCCGACGGAUGCAGCCCGCUGCCCACAGCCUCCCUACCCCCGGAGUACCCCUGGAUGCGGGAGAAGAAAGCUUCCAAGAAGAACCACCUGCCGACCUCCACCGCUACCACCAUCUCCAAUGGACCAGUGUGCUUCUCUCCGAAAGGCUCGCCUGAGAUUGUGGAGAGCGCCGGGGGAGGAGGGGGCUCCCGUCGGCUGAGGACAGCGUACACCAACACACAGCUGCUGGAGCUGGAGAAGGAGUUCCACUUCAACAAGUAUCUGUGCCGGCCGAGGAGGGUGGAAAUAGCGGCCCUGCUGGACCUGACCGAGAGGCAGGUCAAAGUCUGGUUCCAAAACCGGCGCAUGAAGCACAAGCGACAGACCCAGAGCAAGGAGAACCACAACGGGGAGGGGAAAGGGCCGGGAGCUGAGGACGGCAUCCACAGCGACGAGGAGGACGACGAGGCCCCCCUGUACGAGCGGAGCGGGGCCCUGCUGGAGAGAGAUACCUGCUCCUUUCAGAACAAUUCUCUCAGCUCCACACAGCAGCUCCACAAUGGCGAGUCCAUGGGCUUUGCUGCUGCGCCGCUGAACAGCAAUGACAAAAAUCUGAAACAUUUUCCCAACCCGUCACCCACUGUUCCGGGCUGCAUGUCAACAAUGGGCCCAGGCUCGGCAUCUGGCCCGGACAAUGGCGACAGUCCCCCGGCCCUGGAUGUUUCUAUACACGAUUUUCAACCUUUCUCCUCGGAUUCCUGCCUACAGCUCUCCGACGCAGCCUCGCCGAGCUUGUCAGAGUCUCUGGACAGCCCCGUGGACAUUUCUACGGACAGUUUCUAUUUUUUCUCGGAGUCCCUAACUACAAUCGACCUGCAGCAUCUGAACUAUUAACUGAAAUCAAUCACAGUAACUUUUCUUUCUUUGGGGACAAUAAAUAUCAGGCUACGGUGGUAUUAACUCUGAUGUUAUUUGUAUAUUCGGCACAUUUAUUCUGUUGAUAUUUGACUUGACGAUUAAUACAAGGUAAGGAUGAAAUGAAAUCACUGAAAUAGCUCUACUCAAACGUGACUUGUAAUAACCAUAACAAAUUGAUCUCUUGGAAUGGAAAUUAUGAGUGUAUGUGAAUAAUUAUACAAUAUUAGGCCUAUGGAACCUGGUAAUUUUUAUUUUUGUAUAGCGUCCAACGUCUUGGAUAUUUUUGUUAGAAUACAAUUAACUUGCUACAAUCUC